AUGCUGCCGCCGCUCGGUCGUCUCUUCGCUCCCCUUCCGCGGCUGCCGGUGCUGCUCCCGAUCGACUUCUUCUCUUGUUUGCUGGAUGCUUCUGCGAACCUUAUUCUAAUAACACUUGUCCCUUAUUCUGCUAACACCCUAGUCAACCUAGCCACCCGCACACCCACGACCGCUUCUUCCUCCCACCUCCUACCGCGCGUGACGCCCCCCAAAUCCCCCACCUUCUUCUCCAGCCAACCCCCUCAACCUCCCUCGCCAUGCUCUCAGAGGUCAGAGCCCGCCCACUCCCACCCCGCGCCGGUGAACCCUACCCCGCGCCCGCCCACUCCCAUCCCCACCUUCUACUUCGCCCGCCUGGCCGCCGUGCCACCCCCUCCACCUUCUUCCCUCCCUCUCCACCACCCACGGCGGGGCUCCCUCAGCCGCCCGGGAGCCCACCCCACCUUCCCGCGCCAGCCCACCCAGCACCGGCGACCCGCCACCUCCCAAGCUCCGUGUCCCCGCCGCUGGUCCCCACGGCACAACCCUCCACCUCACCUCCCAUGUCGCCGGCAGCCGCAUCCGCCUCAUCGCGGCCAGAUCUGUGUCACCAGGGGCGGAUCCACCACCAUCCCAAGCCCGGCCCGCCCAGCAAGCAGAUCGGCACUGCCCCGUCCUCCCGCCCGCCGUGCCCCUGCUCCUCACCCCAGCAGCAAAAGAUCGGCCGAGCCACAACCUCCCACCGCGCGCGCCACCACCUAUCCGGGCUCGCCUGUGCUCCACCCCUCCCCAGAUCCGUCGAGCGUGCACCGGAUCAGCCGAGCCACGGCCAUCGCGCCACCCCUCACCUCCCUUCCCUCCUUCCCAGGCCGUGCGCCCUUUCCCUGCCAUCGACGACGAGGUCAAUGGCCAAGGCCGUGGCCACCACGUGUGUCCGCAACAGUGAGAUUCCACCCCGCUGAUGCACUGCAGUUCGGUUUGGGUGGGCGCCACUGUCCUCUGACGGCCGUGUGUGCGGUGCAGUUCGGCGGUAGGGUAACCACCACUAGAUUCCGGGCAAAAACACCUCCCUCGUGACGAGCUGCAGAUCCUUGGUGAUUUCUGCCCUGUCAACCUGCACGGACAUCGCCGUGGUAGUGGAGCAGCACCCGAGCUCCUCCUUCCCCUCGCCGGCGAUGAGAGCACGGGUAUCUCGCUUAGCAAUUUUUGUGGCCAGAGCGACCGACUGCCGUGGUGCAGGCCACACGUGUUUUUGUUGGAUUUAGUUUGCGUCUUGUGCAGUUUACUCAAAGAAGAGGUUCGCUUUGUGCUUUGUUGGUGUUUUGUUUGCGUCAAUGUACAGUUUAGUUUACUCAAGAAAGAAGUGCGCCCAGUAAGAAAAAGAAGAGAACAUCGACGUUCAUUUGAAGUUCAUUUUGUUGUUUAUGAGAAACGCGGAGAGAAAAAGGGCACUGCCUAGUGCAUUUGAAGUUCAUUUUGUUGUAAGAAUGGAUGGUAAUUUUGCUGUGUAGCUGCGUAAAAAUAAUGAAUGUCUAUGUAUGGUUUGAAGCUUA